AUGUCAGAAAGUGCGACAGUAAGACGGAAAGAUCUGGAUGAAAAUAAUAGUAAAGAUUAUGUAAAGGAUGUCACCCCAUCUGUGUCGUCUGAGUCGUCUGGGUCAUGUGUAUCUGGCGUGGAAGACGCGUACCCGCAUGAGAGUGCAUACAUCGGAGGAAGGAAACUCAAUAUUAAAGGCAGUGGGGUGGUCAAUGUUGAAAUCUACAGGAAGCAAUACAGCGGACCACUUCAUAAGAUAAUGCUUUUCAGUUCACUUUUUCUGGUUAGUUACGCAUAUGGUUUGGAUAACUUGGUCCGUUUCACUUUCCAAUAUCAAGCGACGUCCAAAUUCAAAAACAAGUCGUUGUUAAGGACUAUAAAUUGCAUCAAGACUGUAAUGGGUGCUGCUGGUCAGCUGGGAUUUGCUAGGGCUUCGGAUAUUUUUGGAAGAAUGACUAUUCUGAUAUUUUCUCUACUGCUCUAUGUUGUGGGAACCAUCAUUCAAUGUCAGGCUACCAAUAUUUCAAAGUUUGGCGCAGGCACUUGCAUAUAUCAAUUAGGUAUAACCGGGAUACAAUUGUUGUUAGAAAUAAUAGCAAUGGACUUUUCGGAUCUGAACUGGAGAGUGCUAGCCUCUUUUAUUCCGGCAACGCCAUUUAUCAUCAAUAUUUGGAUUAGUGGAGGUGUCACUCAGGCAAUCGGUGACAAAUGGUCUUGGGGUAUUGGUAUGUGGGCUAUAAUUCUACCCUGCUCCUGUGUCCCCUUAGGCCUUUGUGCGAUACACAUGCGAUAUCUGGCUGUUAAGAAUGAACCCGAUAAACUGCAGAAUGAAUUUAAAAUGUAUAAGGGAUUGACAUGGCGCGAAUAUCUUGUGGAUAUCUUUUUUUGGAGAUUAGAUUCCGCAGGAUUUGUUUUACUUUGUGUUGUUUUCGGAUGCAUUUUAGUUCCCUUAGUCUUGGCUGGUGGAUAUAAACCUUCAUGGCGUUCUGCUCACAUUAUCGUUCCUGAAGUGAUGGGAUGGCUCGUAGCGCUGCCAGUUUUUUUAUUAUGGGAAGCAAAGUUUGCUAAACACCCUUUAGUGUCUUGGGAUUUCAUUCAAGAUCGUGGAAUAAUCGCUGCUUUGGUUAUUGCCUUUUUCAUAAAUUUCAACUGGUAUUUGCAAGGUGAUUAUAUGUUCACUGUGUUACUAGUUGCUUAUAAUCAAUCGGUUCUGGCCGCAACUAGAAUUUCCUCAAUGUACUCUUUUGUCUGCAUCAUUUCCGGUACUUUACUGGGAUUCGCUAUAGUCAAGGCAAGAAGAACAAAGUAUUUUAUUAUCUUCGGUAUUGGGUGCUGGUUUAUUGCGUUUGGUUUACUAGUUCAUUUUAGCACUAUUGGGGGUUCCAGUUCAGGAAUUACAGGAUCAUUGUGUUUAUUGGGUUUUGGUGCUGGAUUCUUUACGUACACGACGCAGGCGUCUAUUCAAGCUGCUACUAAGACACAUGCCCAGAUGGCAGUUGCUACAGCUUUAUAUUUAUCGAUUUAUUCUAUUGGAUCUGCUGUCGGAUCUGCUGUAAGUGGUGCUAUUUGGACAAGCGUACUACCCAGAGAAAUUUAUAAGACAAUGAAUGCAUCUGAUGCUGCGGCAGCAUAUAAAUCACCGAAUUUAUUUACUCUGGAUAAUCCGUGGGGAUCUAAGGCGAGAGAAGGUAUGACUGCUGCAUAUGGAUAUGUUUUAAAAAUCUUGUGCGUUGCAGGUCUUUGUUUCUGUGUUCCACUACUGAUUGCAGCCCUAUUUCUGCGAAACCAUAAAUUGGAAAGUACUGUGGCCCUGGAGCACGUUGAAUCCUCUCAAGUGCGUCAUGACGAAAAGAAGCAUGAUCUAUUUUACAAAAUCAAGAGCCGAUGUGGCAAACGGAAGAACUCAAGCUUACCAAGAUAA